ACCUAAUUUAUGUCUGCUUAAUUGUUGAUAUGUGCGCCAAUUUUUGUUGAGUGUGAGAUAAACAAACCUCGUCACGACUGAAUCCAUGUAAAUUUCCUAGAGUUUGAUCAUUAAGCCGGGCAUUUUACAGAAUUAAAACUGCUUCGUCCGGUCAUCAGAGCCGUCUCCCGUUGCGGGGUACCCACGAUUCUUGCUAGGUCCUACGGCGCAUCCCGGCCCCUUGUCCUAACCGUGAACAUGGCUAAGAACGUCUGUAUCGUCGGCGCUGGCCCCUCCGGUCUCGUAGCAGCGAAGACUUUAUUGCACGAUGCAUCGCCGGGCUCAUACCAUGUCGCCAUCUUUGAGGCUCAGUCCCGAAUCGGCGGGCUCUGGCCCACAAAUAAGGACGAUGUUGACGGCCUUGUACAUCCACUCAUGGUGACCAACCAGAGUAAACAUACGGUUCAGUUCAGCGAUCUUGCUUGGCGGGACAGCGAUCCGCAAUUCCCCAGGGCAUGGCAAGUGGGCCAAUAUCUAGAACGAUAUCUAUCCAAGUACGGAGGUGCUAAUAUACGGCUUGAUCACAAAGUCGUAAAAGCCGACUUACAGGGUGAUGGCUCUUGGAAGGUAGAAACUGAGUCUGCUGGAGUGUCCAAGACCGACAUAUUUGACUACUUAUUGGUAACUACCGGCUUCUUCGGAAAACCGAUAUGGCCGGAAUAUGUGCCGAAAGAGGCGGACGUGCCGAUUAUUCAUAGCAGCAAAUAUCGAGAUCUAAAGGGCCUCCUAAAGAAAUCUAACCGUCGUGGGGGCAAGAUCCUCGUCAUCGGCGGUCAGAUGUCGGGGAUAGAAAUAUCGGCAACAAUUGCAACGCAUCUGUCAUCAGCAGUCCAUUCAUCGGGAGAUAAGGUCAUUGAAGAACCGGACAAAUAUUCAAUACAUCAUGUUGUCCAGCGACCAUCGUGGGUCUUCCCGCUCUUUACCUCUCCAAAGCCAGCGUCACCGGCACCGCCCUUCCUCCCGUGCGACUUACCUUCAUACAAUCUGGCCAACCGGCCCCAUCCCUUAACAAACACCCAAGGGCAUAUAAGCGUUGAAACAGCACGUAUCUUUAACUCGUUAUAUCAAACGGCUUUAGGUACCAACCAAUCCGAAUUCUCAUCUGAGGCAAAAAUCGAUGGCAACCUACUUGAUGAGCAACCAUUCUUGGCCAUGAGUCAGUUUUACUCGGACUUCGUGCGAUCAGGUCUUAUCAAAAUCAGCAAGGGGAAGCUAUCAUCUCUUUCCGGAAACACUGCUACCAUCUCCGCCAACGAGCAGAUCUCUGACAUCGCCGCCGUAGUUCUAGCAACAGGAUUCGACCCAUCUCCUUCCCUCUCCUUUCUACCUUCUUCAGUCCUCGAGACUAUCUCCUUUUCCCCCUCGCACCCCAACCUUCCCGUCGCCCUCGCCUUCCAUGGGACGCACCACCCUUCUCUACCAACCCUCGGUUUCGUCGGCAUGUACCGCUCGCCGUACUGGGGCGUCAUGGAAAUGCAAGCCCGCUUCAUGGCACGCUUAUGGACAGCUCCGAACACACCAACCCUGAAAGAUGCCCUCACAGCCGACGACAGCAUUGCUCGAACGCUAUCCCUGCGCGCCGACCCGCGCACUUCCCAAUUCCCCAUGGGCGACUACACCUUCUUAAUGCAAGACUUCGCGCGCGCCCUAUCCAUCCCCAUCAUCCCAUUCGGCGACACCCCACCCCUAGGCAACGGCAAGGCCAUGGACAUCCUUACCCCGACGCGGUACCCCUACCCCUCUCCUCCUCCCGAGCAACAGCAACAACAGCGACAAGAGGAAAUAACCGCGAACCUACGCGCGACGCGCGAAACCGCCAUCGCGGGGCUAUCGCACGCGCGCUUCGUCGCAGGCGCCGUAUUCCGCUCCCUGCUAGGCGAAUGGCGACUCUCGCGGACUCUAAGCUCGCGCCUCCCCUCGCACCCGAGCGGCCGCUUCGAAGGUGUCGCGCGGUUCCACCUGCGCGAAGGGACCGCGGACGGACUGCCCACCUCGCGCGUAUCCGAAGCCGAAGCGGGCUUAGGUCUAGGUUUGGGGUUGGAGUACUUGUACGAGGAAGACGGGACGUUCACGGCGCGCGAUAACCCGGGGCUGAAGUUCCGCGCGACGAGGCGCUAUGUGUGGCGCUACGACGAGAUGGCUGAUAAGCUGAGCGUGUGGUUUGCGCGGACGGAUGAUCAGAUGCGGGCGGAUUAUCUGUUUCAUGAGGUGGAGUUUUUGGUUCCUUCCGAUGAGGAUGGAGAUGGGAAGGGGUGGCUCGCGAAGGCUAGUCACUUGUGUGUUGAGGAUUUGUACGAUGUGCACUACGAGUUCAACUUCAAGGCCGUCAACUUGAGGGAGUGGAAGUUGGGAUACACGGUUCAGGGGCCGAAGAAGGAUUAUACUAUUGAUGGAGUUUACACGAGAUGAGGAACGGGGUUUGUUGGUGGGUGUGAAUUUGGGUAGAUGGACAGUUGGGAGUUAAUCUAGACAGGUGAUUUAGAAGUGAAAUAUAACGAAGCCAGAGAUCA